GUAGCACGAGCACAAAUUACUUUAAUGUUUCAAGAAGUACAUUCUUCUUGAAACAUUAACAUUAAAAUGCAAAAACCGUAGAAAAAACAUAGAUCAAUUUCAAAAUGGAUUCAAAAGGAAUAGAAGCAAAAAGCAAGCUGAAAGCGUACUUUGUACCUUAUUUGACACCCAGCCAUUACUUACCUCUUUUCCAAAUUGCAAAGCUGUUUGCAUCUCGUGGGGUUCACGUUACAUUUUUGUUGACCCCUAAUAAUUCGGUGUCGCUUCGGGAUUCACUUGAAUCUCUAAACAAAGCUGGACUACAAAUUGAAAUCGAGUGUGUGGACUUCCCUAGCAAGGAAGUGGGUUUACCCGAAGGAAUCGAAAAUUUUAACGUUGCAACUAAUUUGGAAAUGGCUGGAAAAGUAUUUAGAGCUUUUUUUAUGCUUCAAGCUCCCUUUGAAGCUAAAAUUCGAGAAGCAAAGCCUGAUUUUAUUGUAGCUGAUAUGCACUGUUUUUGGGCUACGGAUCUUGCUGCUCAGCUUGGUAUUCCUCGUUUAAUCUACCAUGUUCGAGCUUAUUUUGCACUCUCUGCAGUUGAAGCCAUUGAUAGGCAUGGUCCUCAUAAGGAUGUCAAAUCGGAUGAUGAACCCUUCUUGAUCCCAGAUCUUCCGCAUUUAAUCUACAUGACCCGAUCUGAACUUCCCCAGUGGAUCCAAUCUGAGAGUCCAUACACUACAUUCCACAAUAAAGUUAGCGAGGCCGAUCGCAACUGUUAUGGAGCUCUUGUUGACAGUUUCUACGCAUUGGAGAAAGACUACAUAGAUUAUUACCACAACACAUUAGGACGUCGAGCUUGGAGUCUGGGCCCACUCUUUCUACACCACAACGUUGUUCUUCGCAAGAUCAACCUUAACUCUAACAAUCAAAUUAAUGAGGAAACCAAAAAACACCCUUGUUUAGAGUGGCUAGACAAAAUGCCAGAGGGAAAAGUUGUGUACAUAAGUUUUGGAAGUUUAUCAAGGUUCAAUUCAGCUCAAUUAUUUGAGAUUGCAUCUGCACUUGAAUCUUCUGACCACCCAUUUAUUUGGGUGGUCCGAAAAAAGGACGGGGAAGACGAACAAGAGAAAUGGUUACCUGAUGGGUUUGAAGAAAGAAUAUCAAAGAAAAGUAAGGGAGUAUUAAUCAAAGGAUGGGCACCCCAAGCUAAGAUAUUAGAGCACCCUAGUAUUGGAGGGUUUGUAACUCAUUGUGGAUGGAAUUCGUCAAUGGAAGCCAUCACUGCAGGACUUUCGGUAGUGGCUUGGCCGCUUUCAGCUGAGCAAUUUUACCAUAGAAAGUUAUUUGUAGAUGUGUUGAAAACAGGGGUUGGAGUUGGCAAUAUGAAAUGGAGUUCCAUGAUUGAUGGGACUGAUGAGUUAGUGGACAGGGUGAAGAUUGAGAAGGCUGUGAGAGAUUUGAUGGGAGAUGAUGAGGAAGCUAUUGAACGACGUCGUCGUGCUAAGGAGUUUGGGAUCGCUGCUCAUAAGGCUGUUGAGGAAGGUGGUUCAUCUUAUGUUGAUUUAACAAAUGUGAUUCAUCAACUUGAAUGUUUCAAGGAAGCUAAGAAAAAUGAUACUGUUAUAUCUUAAUUCAUUUUUAAUUAUUAGAAUAAGUUGAAAAUUAUAGAUUGAUCCAAUGUUCGAAGGUUUAUAUGCUUGUAAUAAAGGGCAACAUAGUGUUUAAAUUUGAGAUUGUAAUAAAGUGCAACCCGUUUUAUAGAAACUUCGUCUUGUUCAUUUGAUGUGUUUGCUUUCUGUAAUUUGUGCACCUAUGUGAUCAUAUUUACAGUAGUGAUGGUCAUGAAUUUAGGAUCUUAUUGAAUUUGCCUUCUUUUGUAUGAUGAUGUUUUUUUGUAUAUGUAUGAUGAUGUUUUUUUUU